GCUGUGUCUGCUGUCAGUUGAACACAUCCGGAACUACUACAAGUCCCAUAUGGCGCCAUCAUUCGCGGCGUUGGCCAAUAACACUUGAAGCACAGUUUGAAGUGGGCGAGUCUGUUGUGUGUGGAAGCGCUAUCGUGCAGUAUGGCGGACGAUGGAGAUGGUAGGGGUGGAGCAGCAGACACAAGUGGUGGUGGGCAGGGUACAACAGAGGAGUUGGAUCCAGGGCCCAGUAUCGGCGGGAUGCUGUUUAAUUUGUGUGUUUUAGCUGUAAUUGUUGCUGUUUGCUAUGGAGUAUAUCGACGGUGGUUUAGGAGACUUAUCGGUGCUGACGCGGCCCAGGGAAGCGUGGCCUUGUCGCUACCGAAGAUGAGAAGACGUGAUUUCUCUCUGGAACAACUAAGGGAAUAUGAUGGUGUUCAAAACCCACGGAUCCUCAUGGCUGUUAACAUGAAAGUCUUCGACGUUACGACUGGCAAAAAGUUUUAUGGACGCGAUGGGCCGUACGGCAUCUUCGCAGGUCGCGACGCGUCUCGAGGCCUGGCCACCUUCUGCCUGGAGAAGGACGCGCUGCGAGACGAGUACGACGACCUGUCCGACCUCAACGCUGUGCAGAUGGAGAGCGUACGCGAGUGGGAGAUGCAGUUCAUGGAAAAAUACGAUUACGUGGGCCGUUUGCUGAAACCCGGAGACGAGCCGUCGGAGUACACAGACGAGGAGGACGUGAAGGAUCACACGAAACACGAGUGACUUACGCACCCACCUGCCACCGUUAUCACCCCUUCACCCCCGCCACCCCACGACCAAAGCCUGGGCCCAAGCAGCCAACCUUUGAAAAACACACAAUACCCCCGCUACUCUCUACUCUCUCCAACCAUACACACACACUGACAUAAGCGUGUGUGUGUGUUCGUUCGUGUGUGCGUGCGUGUAUGUGUAUGUGUGUGUGCCCGCUCUCAGACACUCUCAGACAUUCAUGUAUGCGUAUCUGGUACCAGUCCUGUUCUGGUGUUCACCCGUGUUGGCUCCAGGUCUACCUGCCCACGGUAGCUGUAUGCCUGCUGAAUCCACUCCAGUCCACCCCACUCUACCCCUACCAUCCACCCAUCCAUCGUCCUCAUCUCCUCUGGCCCAUCAUAUGCUUCUUAUUUCCCAUAUAUCAUUUGUUUUUGGUGCCCAUUCAUUUGUCUUUCUGUGCUGUCUUCACGCUUCCAUCUCUCUCUCUCUCUCUCUCUCCCUCUCCCUCUACUGCAACUCAGUUUUUGUUUAUGAGAGCCGGGCUGCUUUGGGACCGAGUCAGCCAACUGGUAUGGGGCAGGGGGUGUGUGUGUGUGUGUCUAUCUUUGUAUGUGUACUGUAUGUUCGUCUGUGUCGGAGGGGCUGUUCGAGGUGGUUCCAGGCUUGGGUUGGUUGUGAAUCGGACUGAAAUGUUGGGGAUUCAAGAUUAAAAAAAGAAAAGAAAAAAAAAGACAAAAAAAGAAAACCCUUUCACACGCAGACACUUCAACAUAAGAAACACAUUUGGGUUUUUUUCCAUCUUUAUUUCACUGUUGUUCUUUCUUUUUAUUUUUUUCGGCAGAUAUUUCUAACCCCUUUUUUCAUUUGUUUUUUUGCAAAGCCUUAUUACUGUGUGAAACACUGAACAGUCAGUUUGGUGAGGGUGGUGGCUUGUUCUGUCCAGACUAUCCCCCCAUUUUCCACAAGGUGUGAAAGUUGGGGACCUGUUAGUCCAGUUGUUAAUAGUUCACACGCUUGUCUCUUCUUUUCUUUUUGUUUGUUUGUUUGUUUUCUUUUUAAAUGUACAACAGUGAUUAUCAUAAUCUGUUUGAGCAGCACAUUAUUCUACAUGUCUCGUGCCCCCCCACCCCCCUCCACGAGGAAUCAGUUCUCAUGCUUGCCCUACAGCGCCUGUGUGACACUUCCCCGUUCGAAUCUGGCGAAUGAGAGAUGGGCAAGUAUGAAAAAAAUGUGAACCAAUCGAAGGGCCAGCUGAGCCGUGGCCAAUCCAAAGCAAGAGCAGACAGGAAACGGGGCUUGUUUUUACCAUAGGUUUUUGUAUUGUAUGUGUACUUCUAAGGACCGUUUGUCACUAUGUGAUUGUAUAAAUAAGAAAAAAAAGGAGGAAAUGCUAGAUUGUAAUUUUUUUCUCUUUUGCUUUUUUUUCUUUUGUUUUGGAGGGUGGUUUGGGGACUGUUGCCAUUAAACUACUUUUUUGAAUCACAUGAAUCUGAAUGGCUGGUUCGGGGGAAAUAUAAGGGACAGUCAGGUGUGUGUGUGUGGAUCAGGUUGUGUCAGGUUGUUGAGAGAUCUAAAUCAUUUGACUGUUUACAUGCCAGUCUGUUAAGGCCCCUACCACACAUGGCGUGAAGAUUAAUUGUGCCUUAAUUUCCUUUGUCGUCUACAAAAGUACUGAGAGGGUCAGGAUUACAAAGAAGAAAAAAAGACAAGGGGCGCGUUUCAAAAAAAAAAAAAGGACAAAAAUAACCUUCAUAGUGGGAGAGAAAAACAGAAUGACAAUGAUAUCCCCCCUUACGUUUAUGUUUUCCUAUGGUUUCCUCUUUCAUCAAAAAGUAAGAAUGCAAUCAUUAUCCAUAACUAUAUCCAGACUAAAAAAGGCAUGCUUGUGUCUGUGUACAGAAACGGACAGCAAAGAGUUUCCUUCGUCACAACCUUGUACAUAGACUUUACAAAACUACUCAGUGUUACUGCCAUAUUUAUGUAGUCAAUGAGCGCCAUGUACUUCUGUGUUGUAUUGGCCAAAAGCCCCCCCAUGCUUUAUCUUCUGUUUCUCUUGUCUGUUCCUCCUCUCUUCUCUUUGGUUUUAAGAUCUCUGCAGAGGCUUUUUUUUUAAAUAGUGUGGGGGAUCCACACAAAAAUGGAAGUGUAGAAGUGUUUUGGAGGGUGGGAGGGAGGGAGUUUAGGUGGUGAGGUGAGCGUUCUUGGGGGUGGGAAGUAUGGGGUUUGGGAUGUAGGGGAUGUUUUUGAGGGCAGACACAAAACGAUAGUCAAUUCUGUAAAUAUGUGUAUCAUUUUAUGAAAGCAUGUGCAGCCAAUGUGACCUGCUGGGAUCCGAAGUCAUUGUAUUUAAAAUGUUGGAUUUGUGCGCGUACCAGAUGGGCUGGGGGACGGAAGUGUUAAUGCAUAAAUAAAACAAAUUUGGUUAAUAA